AAAGGGAGGGGAUAAAGCCCUAGGGGGAGGGUGGGGAAACGGUCUCUUGGGGUUAAAAGGGAGGGCCUGGCCAGGGGUCCCUGGGCAGAGGAUUCCGGCGGCCCACUCGGCAGGGCUGAGGCACUUCUCCUCCUCGACAACUCCCAGCCCAGGUCCCAGCCAUGAGACCCCCACGCCUCCACCUCCCCGCGGCCUCCGGAGCUCGGGGCCUCGAGAACCUGCUGCUACCGCUCCUGAUGGCUCAACUCUGCGUCGCGGAGGCUCUGCUGUUCCCCAGAAACGACACGAGCUCGGGCUCCGUGGCCUCCAGCGCCCCGUGCGCUCACGGCUCGCAGCCCUGGCAGGUGUCCCUCUUCAAUGGCCUCUCGUUCCACUGCGCCGGAGUCCUGGUGGACAGGAGUUGGGUGCUCACGGCUGCGCAUUGCUGGAACAAUAAGCCUCUGUGGGCUCGAGUUGGGGAUGACCACCUGCUACUUCUCCAGGGCGAGCAGCUCCGCCGGACCUCUCGUCCUAUUAUCCAUCCGAAGUACCACCAGGGCUCAGGCCCCAUCCUGCCACGGCGAACAGACGAACAUGACCUCAUGCUGCUGAAGCUGGCCAGGCCUGUUGUGCUGGGGUCUCGAAUCCAGACCGUACGCCUGCCCUCCCACUGUGCCCGGCCCGGAGACCAGUGCCAGGUCGCUGGCUGGGGCACCACAGUCUCCCGAAGAGUGAAGUACAACAAGGGCCUGAGUUGCUCCAGUGUCACUGUCCUGAGCCCUAAAGAGUGUGACGUCUUCUAUCCUGGCGUGGUUACCAGCAACAUGAUUUGUGCAGGACUGAACAGGGAUCAGGACCCCUGCCAGAGUGACUCGGGUGGCCCUCUGAUCUGUGAUGAGACUCUUCAGGGCAUCCUUUCAUGGGGCGUUUACCCCUGCGGCUCUGCUCAACGUCCAGCUGUCUACAGUCAGAUCUGCAAAUACCGCUCCUGGAUAGAGAAAACCAUCCGUGCCAACUGACCCAAAGGCCUUAAAACUCCUUCGCCAUCUCCCCUUCCUCCUUCCUCCCCUCCUUCCUCCGCAGACAGCUGGACUCUCCCCCUGCCCCACUCAAACUUCUGCCACCCAUCCACACCUGCUAACAUCUCUCUUCUUCCCUCAUGCCCCCUGCCCACUACUGUUCUCUGCCUGCAUUGAAGCCAAGAUGCAGAAAGUGGUGGCAAAGUUUUGUUCAUGAGAAACGAGGAAGCCAGUGGUCACUAGUCUCUGAGAGAAGUUAUCAGUCACCGAACCUGGCUUCCUCCGCUACUCCCUGCGGUGUUACCUUGGGCAAGCCAAGCAUCUUCUCUGGGCCUUAGUUUCCUCACCUGGAAAAUGGGAACAAUGAAGUGCCUACCUCAUAAACGUACUAUGAAGAGAC